GAUGCAGCUGACAGCAGGGAGCUGGACUUUGCUUUUGUUUUAUUGCUCAGCCGCUCACACGCCCAGCGAUCACUUUGUUUGCUCGGGUCCACAGUCGCCGUUGCUCAUCUGACCCAAGCGUAUAGGGAGAAAAGAGGAGAGGAUCCUACAACGUUUUUAAAGAUGUCUCGGUACCACAAGGCUGCGAUUGAUGGUAACGUGGACCUGUUGAAGGAGGCCACGAGGAAGCACCUGAACACUGCUGAUGACGAUGGCAUGACUCCCACCCUGCUGGCUGCUUUUCACGGACACGUCGAUGCUCUUCAGCUUAUAUGCAGCAGAGAAGGAGAUCCCAACAAGAGUGACAUCUGGGGAAAUACGCCGCUGCACCACGCGGCUGCUAACGGCCACAUGCACAUCGUCAGCUUUCUGGUUAACUUCGGAGCCAACCUUUUUGCCCUGGACAAUGAUUUCCACACCGCUAUGGACGUUGCUGCUUCCCGCGGCCACAUGGACUGUGUGCGCUUCCUGGAUGACGCUGCGUCGCAGCAAACCAACCACAACCCAAAAAAGGUCGCCAGCAUCAAGAAGGAGGCCCAGAAGGAGGCAGAGAGACGAGUAAAACUCUGUGAGAAGGUGAAGAAGAAGCACCAAAACAAGAUGGACAGAAUGCACCGGGCAGGAAGCGUGAACGGGUCCGUUUCUGAGGCCAGCAUGGGAUCAGCGUUCUCGGACGGCGGCACCAUGGGUGGCGUCAAUGAACAGUUCUCCAAGCUUAUCGCCGCAGACAAAUCCGGCUCGCUUACAGCUAGGUUCAAAGGCACUCUCCAGAAGAUGGGGAAGAAAGAGAAAGGCACGCUGCAGAGAUCAGCGGGAGACGGGAACGUUAUCUUCCGUAAACAGGAGAACGAAUCCUCUGAUACGCCAGAGUUUUUGGAUGUCUUCGACGAAAAAGACGAGAGAGAGUUGGGCAGCGGUGACAGCGAGGGAUACGACGAUGACGACACCAGAGACGAGCCAAGCCAGGUCAAACAAUCCAUCUUCAACCGACCUGGCUUUGGAGGCCUGAUUUUCAUGAAGAAGAUGAACAUGGAGGCGGAGGAUGCUGUUCCCACUGGCAAUAACGAAAGUCUCGGGUACCUCGUUGAGAAUCAGUUGCUUGAGGCAGAUGAGGAUGCUGCUGGCUUUGGGGAGACAGGUGAUGGCGACCUUCCAUGGGAUCAAGAAGAUCUGGGACUGGAUGAUGAUGAGGAUGAGGAAAGCUCUCCUUUGGAGGUUUUCCUGUCUGCCAUCUCCUUGCCAGAAUUUGCCCCUGCCUUCAAAAGAGAGCACUUGGACUUGGAGGCACUCCUUCUUUGCUCUGAUGAUGACCUGAAAGGCAUUCGCAUCCAGCUGGGACCCAGGAAGAAGAUCUUGGAAGCUGUUGCUCGCAGAACAAAGGCAAUGGAUGACCCUGGCACCAUUAAGGACAGCACCUUGUGAUCUACAUGUCCAUCGUGCUAAAAUCCUGUUGUAAAGUAAAAUUAAGUCUGUGAUUCUGCAAACUCUUCCCUUAAACAUGUUUCACAUUUUGAAAGCAAUGAAAAACAUUGUGCCGUCUGUUUUUGUAAAUGAUAACCAGUGUGUAAUUAUUUAAAUUCUCCAUAGAUAGAAAAUGGAUCCGUAAUUGCCUGUACAAGUCUCGAUAAGUAAGAAUUAUGUUUGUUAAGACUGAUUUCACUGGACACUGCAGAUAUAGACAAGAUGGUGUAAUUCAUAAUUUCCAGCGGUGGAGUUUAAAUGUUUGAGGUGCACUCAAUCAGACCGACUUUUGCUAUCUUUGACUAUUUAAUCAAUAAAGAACUCA